AUGCCUGUUAUAGCCAACCCGAACGUGCACAAACUUCUUCGGAAACUACACGCCUUGUCGGAAGCGGAGGAGAGGUCUUUAUCCCAGAGAUUCUUCUACCUGUCUAGGCUGAUUCGCUUCCUUCUUUUCGGGGAAAUCUGGUCCGCCAUUGCCGAUACGCACAUGCGUGACAAAUUUGUUGCCUUGGAUGCCGACAAAUGCCAUUUGAUCUACCUGCUACUGAGAAGCACGGGAGCACGUUACGUGAUCGAGGCAGGAACGAGUUUUGGGGUCUCAACGAUAUAUCUUGCCUUAGCUGUGGGCCAGAAUAUACAGCAACAGAGAGUGGAGGGUUGCCAUACCGCAGUUACUGGAAAGGUGAUAGCUACAGAAAAGGAAAGAUCUAAGGCGACUAAAGCAAGGGAGCAUUGGAAGGAAGCUGGAAGUGAAGUGGAACAGUGGAUCGAACUACGCGAAGGUGACGUGCUGGAGACAUUGAAAGUCGACAGAGGGAUGCCAGAGCAGGUCGACUUCCUGUUGCUUGACAUCUGGACACCCCUCGCACUUCCAACCCUCAAGCUUGUUCAGCCAAGGCUGAAGCAUGGCGCCAUUGUCGUUACGGACAAUGUGGGACUGGCCAAGUUCUUAUACAAGGACUUUCUUAAUUACAUGCGCAAUCCUGAGAACGGAUUCAGAACCAUUACGAUGCCGUUCAGUGGAGGAUUGGAACUGUCAGUGUAUUUGCCACAAGUGUGA